CAACGAGUAGCUCCACCAACCAACUCACUUUCGAACUACCUGCCUAGAAUGCACGCGACACCAAUGAAGGCAGGAAGCCUGAAGCGAGCCAAGCCACUGGCGCUUCCUGUGAGCGUGGCAUGGAUGGAGCACUUGGCUCUGGACAUGACCACGUGCGCCAACAAAAAAAUCAGCCUCGUCAAGCGCAACAACACACUUUACGAGCUGCAGCUGACGUACACGCCCGAAAAAAGCCGAAAGCCCGCAUGGUGGACCGUAUCGCGCACGUUCGACGAGUACCGCGCACUGCAGCGACGACUGGUCAGGGCGCUCAAGCCCGGCCACAAGUGCAAUGCCGAGUGCAAGUGGCUGCUCAAUGUAAUCAAGAACCACUUCCCCAAGGCCUCGCUAUUCUGCAAGAACUGCCCCAGUACGGUUGAGAGCCGACGACUGUCCCUACUGCGUCUCAUUGCAACCGUCAAGGCCUCACUCAUCAACCACGGUAACCUCGGGUGUGCCAUCCUCCGCGACCAGGUUAGCAAGGAGUUUUCAACCUUCCUGCUUGCCGACUGCAAGGACGUGACUGUGCAGCAACUCAAGCGCACGGCGUCCGUCUUGACCUCGAUUUCCACGGAUUCCACUGAAUCCACGACGUCGUCACCUGAUGUGGUGAUUGAGGAUGAGAUCACGUCGUCGAUGGUGUCAUUUACUUCUGACGAGGAGAAUCUAGUGCUAGACUUUGAGUUCGACGACGACUUUGCCGACUUUGAGUGCGACCUGUGUGGACUCAGUCUGGAUGCGCUGGAGGAGACCGCCACAUCGCCCUACUGUACCACAGCCACGUUCGACUGCGGCCACCAGUACCAUGACGUGUGUGUGCUGCUAGCACUUGGCGAGGAAUUCAAGUGCCCACUGUGCCAGUAAAACAAGCAGGGCAAUGCAGUGUUCAAAUAGAUGAUAACUAUGAUAAUGUAAACGACAGAUGCGCAACAUCAGUAGUUCCCGAACUUUUUCUGGGGCAAGCAGUAGUGUUCUCCCGCGUCGUGUACUCCGAUCCAAUACAUUGUCGAUGAAGCGCAAACCAUGAGCGUCAGCAUACCGUUACCGAG